AUGACUCUGUUACUAUUUAUUACUAUCUUUUACUUGAAUGACUAUCCUGUGCUAGAAAUGAUAUACUGCUUACCAAUUAUAGCUUUCUUAUAGUUGAUUUAAUAUCUCCUCUUUUGGUGUCCUUACGAAAAUUGCUUAACACCUUUUCUAACUCUUAAUAUUUGUUGUUUUGUAAUCAGCUUAGGUUUAUUUUUAGGUCUUUUUUUAGGGAUAUUUAAUUAAACAUUAAAGUAUCAAUUUUAAGAAAUCUAAGAGUGUUCAGUCAUAGGAAAGUUUUCUACAGAUUUUUAAGAAUUUCCACAUUUAUCUAGUGAAAAAUACUCAAUUCUAUAUAUUGAUUUUUAGAUGGAUGAUCAAAAAUUUUUAGGUUAUGGUUGUUUGUCUUCAGAGACUAAAGAUACUAUUUCAGCAACAAUUCAAACACAUAAUCCACUAACAUUUUUGUAUUAUGGGGAAUAGCAAUGUUCUUAAGGAGCAUGCUCUCUUCCAUAUUAAUUUAGCUAAGUUAAACUGCCUAGCUGGAUGUGUCUUCCAUUUGAUACUAAUUAUGAGGAUUUAGUUCAGACUAAAAAUUGUUAUGUGCAUUUCUUUAAUAGCAGAAUAGAAAAAGAUCAACCUAAAGACUAAGCUUACUUAAAUUCUAAAAAUAGAAUAAAUGUUAGAGAUUUAGAGCAAUUCGCACUCAUAUCUUUCAAUAAGCUUAAUGCCCCUUUUUCUUAGUAUUUUGCUUUCUUAGUAUUUACUUUUUGUCCUCUUAUAUCCUCAACAAAUGUAUUAUUUAUAGGAUUAAUUGGAUAUAUAGAAAAAUAUAUCAAAUCUAUUACGAAAAAUAAUAAAAAAUACACAAAUAUAUUUUAAUUUAAUGAAAUAGAAGUCAUGGAAAUUGCAUGA